UUUAAUUUGGGACUAGAAAAGCGAAACCCUCCUCCCCACUUCCGGUCCGGUGGAGACUGGACUGGUCCGUACCGAUAUAUAAUGGAUCCGAGAAGAAGACACGAAGCCUAUGACUAAGAAAGAGAGAGUUCUCUUCCAUUUUUGCCCUAAAAGUUUCUCUAUUUCUUGAAAAGCUUUGUCUCUUCUUCACUGAUCAGAAGAAGCACCAGAUUUUCUAGAGAGAGAGAGAGAGAGAUGACGGAGAUGGCAGUGAGUAGUUCGCCGGAGCUGUCGCCGGAGGAAGAGAAACUCACGAUUAGGGACAUUUCGAUGGGCGUUGAAGCCCAGACCAAAGAAGGCGAUACUUUUUAUUUAAUCACUCAAAGAUGGUGGCAAGAUUGGCUGGAGUAUGUCAACCAAAACCAGGCAACUAUUGCAAAUGAUGGAUCCUCUUCUGAGAGGCCUGAUUCAGUUGUUUUAAGCAAUUUAAAGAGGCCAUCUGCUAUUGACAAUUCUGAUUUAAUAUAUGAAGCAGCAUCAGAGGACUCCACUAUUGGUAUUGAGCUCCAUGAUACUCUAGUAGAAGGCACUGAUUACAUAUUGCUUCCACAAGAAGUUUGGAAUCAGUUAUAUGCAUGGUAUGGAGGGGGCCCUACAUUGGCUCGAAAAGUAAUCAAUUCUGGUCUAUCUCAAACAGAAUUGGCCGUGGAAGUGUAUCCCUUGCGCCUUCAGUUAUAUCUGAUGCCAAAAGGUGACAAAGCUACCAUAAGAAUUAGCAAAAAGGAAACCAUUGGAGAGCUUCACAGAAGAGCUUGUGAGAUUUUUGAUCUUAAUUCGGAGCAAGUAUGGAUUUGGGACUAUUAUGGCCGCCGAAAACAUGCCUUGAUGAAUGAUUUGGACAAAACGCUUGAUGAUGCCAACAUACAAAUGGAUCAGGAUAUUUUGGUGGAGGUUGUUGAUAACAGUCAUGCUGCAUUAGGUGGUUGCAUGAGUUCUGUUCAGGAGAAUGGAUCUGCUGACAAGGAAACAACCUUGGUUCUUGUAGAGCCUUCUAAGUCUGGCUUUUCAAUUGCAGGAGGGUUAUCUGCAAGCAAAGGCUUGUCAAGAAAUUGCAAUACGGAGUCAUCACAAUUUCAGAACGUAACAUCCCCUGGUAGAGAAUCGGACAACACUCAUGGGAUCAGUGGUGUCACUGGUGUUACCACAAGGGGGUCUUCUGGUGGUCUGACUGGAUUGUUGAAUCUUGGAAACACAUGCUUUAUGAAUAGUGCAAUACAAUGCCUUGUUCAUACACCAGAGUUUGCUAGAUAUUUUCGAGAAGAUUACCAUAAAGAAAUAAACUGGCAUAACCCUUUGGGCAUGGUGGGGGAGCUAGCUCUGGCCUUUGGUGACUUACUCCGAAAAUUGUGGGCACCUGGACGAACUCCAGUUGCUCCUCGGCCAUUUAAAGUGAAGCUUGCUCGCUUUGCACCUCAAUUUAGUGGAUACAAUCAGCAUGAUUCUCAGGAACUCCUUGCAUUUCUGUUAGACGGGCUUCACGAAGAUCUGAAUCGUGUAAAACACAAGCCUUACAUAAAAUCAAGAGAUGCAGAUGGCAGACCUGAUGAAGAAGUUGCUGAUGAAUAUUGGGCGAAUCACAUUGCUCGUAAUGAUUCCAUAAUUGUGGAUGUGUGCCAAGGCCAAUACAAGUCAACUCUGGUUUGUCCUGUUUGUAAUAAAAUCUCAGUUACAUUUGAUCCCUUCAUGUAUCUUUCCUUACCGCUCCAAUCCACCACCACUCGUACUAUGACAGUGACAGUGUUUACUUGUGAUGGAAGUGCACUACCAAGUGCUUGCACUGUAACUGUUCAAAAGCAGGGACGUUGCAGGGACUUGAUCCAAGCCAUUAGCAAUGCUUGUUCCUUAAAGCAUAAUGAGAAACUUUUGUUAGCAGAGAUAAGAGGUCAUUUGAUUCACCGGUUCUUGGAAGAUCCUUUAAUAUCGUUGUCUUCCAUAAAAGAUGAUGAUCACCUUGCUGCUUACAAGAUUCCAAAGUUUGUGAAGAAUACAAAGUUUCUUCAGUUGAUACACCGCCGGGAAGAACAGGAAACUGGUAAUGCCCAGAGCACAAUGGGUUGGAAACCAUACGGAACUCCUCUUGUUUCACCAAUCUCAUGUGAUGAAAUUAUUACAAGAGGUGAUAUACAGUCAAUGGUUCACACAAUGCUCUCUCCCAUGCUAAGAACUGAGAAUGUGGGACAUCCUGAUAUCUCUGAUACUAACACCUCACUAUCAGCUUCGGAUCCAUCUCAAACCACUAAUUCCAUUGAAGCAUGUACAGACUCCAAUGUAGCAGAUUCAACACAAAAGGAUGGUGGCAGCUCAAAAUCAGUGAACUUACCAAAACUGCCUCUGCAGUUGGUUGAUGAAAACAAUGCAUGCAUUGACCUAUCAGUUGGAGAAGAUAAAGCUGUUAAAUUGUCAUCAUCAUCAAUAUCAAUACUAGUAUUUAUUGACUGGUCAGGGAAGCUUCUGGAGAAUUAUGAUGCGCAUUACUUGGAAAACUUGCCGGAAGUGUACAAAUAUGGGCCCGUGACGAAGAAAACUCGUACUGAACCUCUAUCCUUGUACACUUGCCUCGAAGCUUUUCUCCGUGAAGAGCCAUUGGUACCUGAAGACAUGUGGCACUGUCCUCAAUGCAAUGAACGAAGGCAAGCAAGCAAGAAGCUGGAUCUCUGGAGGCUUCCUGAAGUGCUUGUUAUUCAUUUGAAGAGGUUCUCAUACAGCAGGUCAAUGAAGAACAAGCUGGAAACCUUCAUCAAUUUUCCUGUACAUGACUUUGAUUUGACAAAUUAUAUAGCCAACAAGAAAAACCCCAGGCGUCAGCUCUAUGAACUCUAUGCCUUGACCAAUCACUAUGGUGGUAUGGGAAGUGGGCACUACACUGCACAUAUCAAGCUUCUAGAUGAAAACAGGUGGUACAACUUCGAUGACAGCCACAUUUCGCCCAUAAACGAAGAAGAUGUGAAGUCAGCUGCUGCUUAUGUGCUUUUCUACAGGAGGGUGAAAACAGAUGGUGCCUCCAUUAGCAAUGGAGCACAGUCAUCUGCUGGUCACAACAUUUCUUCUCAAAAGUAGAUUCUCAGAAAGUAAAAACUUCUUGUAUGUGAUUAUGUUUUGUUUUUUUUCAAAUUUCUUUGAAAUAUUUAGCAAUACACAAGGCCUUUGGCCAUAUUGGGGCGGCUUAUUUUAUUAAAAGUUCUACAAAGGA